AAGUUCCUCACACGUGAAGCAAAAAUUGCUUGCAACCCGAUAACGUCCCUCUACGCUCUAAAACCAAGGGAAGUUGAGAAGAGCAAGGCUUCAAUGAACAGAGGUCCUGGAGCAAAGGUAUUGGUAACAAACUCUGAUGAGAAGGCUGUCGCCACAAGCUGUGUGUUCUGUGAGAGGGAAGGUCACAGUCUACACAAGUGUUACAAAUUCAUGGAUGAGACGGUCUCUGAACGAGUCAAGUUUGUUCAAGAAAGGAAGUUGUGCUUUGGCUGUCUGAAGUCUGGCCAUCGCUCAAAGGAAUGUGAAAACAGAAUGAUCUGCAAUACAUGUGAAAGGAGACAUCCAACUUGCCUCCACGACAAUCGCACCAAGGAAGGAAGGAUGUUAACAAGGCCUAAUGAAGCAAGAGACCGUGAGCGGUCAACGGAAGGCAAGAUGAACCGAUCACAAGAUAAGACAACAAGAACCUCACCUGAAGCAACAUCCAAUAGAGUCAUCCAGCAUGUCAAAGACACCCAUACGUCCACCAUCAUCCCAGUGUGGGUGUCAGCCACAAGUGAGCCUAAUCGUGAAGUUCUUGUGUAUGCACUUCUGGAUACACAGAGUGACACAACCUUUCUCCUAGAAGACACUGCAAAAGCUCUACACGUGAAGAACGAACCAGUUCAGCUAAAGCUCUCCACAAUGGCUUCAAGAAACACAGUUGUGUCCUGUAGGAAACUGACUGGUCUACAAGUAAGAGGAUUUUACUCAGACAAGAUAAUCCAGCUGCCAGUGACCUACACAAGAGAAUUCAUACCUGCAAACAGAGAUCAUAUUCCCUCACCAGAGACUGCAAAGGCAUGGCCUCAUCUCGAACACAUCGCAGAUGACAUAGCUCCACAUCAAAGCUGCGACGUUGGCUUACUAAUUGGCUACAACUGUCCUCAAGCUCUCGUCCCAAGACAAGUGCUACCUGGUGAAGAAAAUCAGCCCUUUGCACUGAAAACCGACUUGGGCUGGAGUGUAGUGGGUUAUGGCAACCUAUGUCUCGAUUAUGGAGAUGCUAUUGGAGUGAGUCACCAGGUUAUCGUGAAGCAAGUGAUAUCAGGUAUUCAGUCCUCUUCAAACCUCACAAGCGAAGUGCAUUAUGUCUGUAGAACACAGAUCAAGGAAGUAGUCUCACCUGCAGCUGUCAUCAAGGUGCUGGAAGCUGACUUUGUGGAAAGAAUUUCAGAGGAAGGCAACAUCUCUCAAGAAGACCUCCGAUUCCUGUCAAGGAUGGAAAAAGGCAUCAGGCUCAAGGAGGAUGGUCACUAUGAGAUGCCACUGCCGUUUAAGAAAGAAAGACCCAACUUACCAGACAACAAGAUAUGUGCCAUCCAUCGUCUCAGGUGCCUAGAAAGGAAGCUGAAAAGAAAUGAACAGUAUUACAAAGACUACAAGACCUUCAUGGACGAGACCAUAACCCGUGGAGAUGCAGAAAAGGUCUCACAAGAAGACGUCAGUAAAGCUCCAGCAUGGUACAUUCCCCACCAUGGGGUGUAUCAUCCGCAAAAGCCUGGGAAAAUUCGUGUCGUUUUUGACUGUUCCGCGAGGUAUCAAGAGACAGCCUUGAAUGAUCAUCUCCUGACAGGUCCAGAGUUGACGAACACCUUGUUGGGAGUCCUUUGUCGUUUUCGUAGAGGUCCAGUGGCGAUCAUGUGUGACAUAGAACGCAUGUUUCAUCAGUUCCAUGUAAAGGCAGAAGAUCAGGAUUACCUACGUUUCCUAUGGUGGGAGAAUGGAAAUCUUGAAGCACAACCCUCCAUCUAUCGGAUGAAAGUCCACUUGUUUGGUGCAGUUUCCUCUCCUGGCUGUGCCAACUUUGGACUCAAACACCUGGCCGCUGAAGGACGAGGACGCUUCAGUGAAGACACCAUCCAAUUCAUCCAGAAGAAUUUCUAUGUGGAUGAUGGCUUGGCAAGUGUAGCAUCUGAAAGGCAAGCAAUCAAACUAGUGAAAGAAGCGAGAGAGCUAUGUAGCACAGGCAAACUUUGGCUACAUAAGUUCAUCUCUAACAGCAAGGAAGUCCUAGCCACAAUCCCUAAAGAGGAAUGUGCUGAAGCUGCCAAGGACCUGGACAUGGCACUGGGAGAACAACACAUGGAUAGAGCACUCGGUGUCCAGUGGUCUGUGGCUUCUGACGAAUUCCAGUUCAGGGUAAUUGUCAAAGAAAAUCCAUUCACCCAAAGAGGAGUCUUGUCCACGGUUGCCUCAGUGUAUGACCCGCUCGGAUUUGUGGCACCCUUCAUCUUGGUAGGAAAGCAGAUCUUGCAGCAGAUGUGUCGUGACAAGCUCAGUUGGGAUAACACCUUACCAGAUGACCUUCUACCCCUGUGGGAAUCUUGGCUCCAAGACUUGAAAAACCUGGCUGGUGUGAAGAUCUGGAGAUGCUACGCUCCACCAAGUUUCAAUGUCCAGCACUAUGAGCUCCACCAUUUCUCCGAUGCCAGUGUGACGGGCUAUGGAGUUUGCUCAUAUCGCAGAGCGGUCAGCACAUCAGGUGAAGUCCACUGUACCUAAGUAAUGGGAAAGUCAAGAGUCGCCCCUACUAAGGUGACGACCAUACCAAGACUAGAGCUGUCAGCAGCAGUGGUAGCUGUCCGCAUCAGUGUCAUGCUCAAGAAAGAGCUCGAAGUAGAAUGCCGUCAAGAAAUCUUCUGGACUGAUUCAAAGGUUUUACUUGGAUACAUCAGUAAUGAAGCCAGAAGAUUCCACGUGUUCGUAGCAAACCGCGUGGAACGCAUCACGCGAAGCACAGAGUCUGCACAAUGGAGGCAUGUAACUUCUGAGGAGAACCAAGCAGAUCACGCCUCAAGAGGUCUCACAGCAGGACAACAUAGACUCCAAACCGGUUCAUCUGGAGAGACCCAUAGUUAGAUAAUAUUUUGAACUAAUAUUUUAUAUGCAGUAUGUAUGUCUCUAAGUUUUAAGAAAUCACAUGUGAUUUGGUGGGAGUGUAACUGCCCCACAUUGGCAGUUAGUUAAAUUCUGAACCUCACGGUUUUUGGUUCCUACCUGAAAUAGUAGUGUUCCUAAGGGGGGAACUAAUUGCCGACUUAGUUUCCGGGGGGCACGGUUGUGGGCGCACACAGAAGCCAUGACUAAGAAGAAACCAAGAAAUACCUCUUAAGUAGUAAGCAGUGGACGAGAAUCCUCUGCACCUGAUGAGAGGAGAGGAACUGAGUAAGAUGGCCAAAGAUCACAGCCGUUGAUAAAAGAGAAGAGACAAUGAGAAAGCGGGAUGGAUGCUUCCCACACCCAUUCUGCACAGCUGGAAACAUAAUGUGAAUGGACAUUGCCCAUUGGACUUGCUGAUAUCAAUGCUGACUCCAGCAGCAACACUUGGUGCUCAGCGCAGAACAAGCCAAGUCCAUCCUGUAAUUCCCAUGCAUUGUUGAAAGGAGGAACGUACAAACAGGAAGAAGGCCUUUCGUCCCCUCAAGUCUUUCCCAGAAUUACAGUAGCCGGAACCAUGGAAUCCUGCAAUCAAGGAGGAGGCUCUUUGGCCCAUCGAGUUGACGCCAACCAUUAAGCAACAUUUGUAUGUUGAUCCCUUUCAAUUCUUCUCACAUUCCGAUCAGUUCUCCCCCAGAUUCCACCAGUCACCUAUACGUUAGAUGCAAUUCAAAGCAGUCAAUAAACUGAGUUGCACGCAUGCAGGACUUGAAUUUAACGGUUGCCCGGGUGCCAAUGGUGACUUAAAGUCCCGCCAGGCAACCUAAAAGCCAUGCCAUUUUGACCGGCUUGGCAAGCACCCGAGAUACCUAUCGUUCAACUCUGAGCGGGCCCCCCUAUCUAUCUCUCUCUCUGUCACUCUCCGUCUCCGCCCGCCAUCCGUAUCUGGGCCGCCGGUUCUCCGCUCUCCGCCCGCGUCUCAUCCGCCGGCACGGCCGGCCGCCUUGCGCAUGCGCAAUGCCACGGCUUGGUUUCCUGGUCCUCCAAAAAUAUUUCAAAUGGAAUUUAAGCUGGAGUGGACCCUCCACCACCAAACUCCAAACUCUGAAAAAUAACAGCCUAUUGCACUUUAUUUGUUUAUUGAUUGUGUAUAUAUAUGGUCUAUGGUAUAUAGACAUACUGAACCUCCUGUUACAGAAUCUCCUGUUCUGUAUUAUGUUUACAUAUUCUGUUGUGCUGCAGCUUUCAUCUGGGACACAUGGCAAUAAAACUCUCUUGACUCUU